AUGUUGUCAGACUGCCCUUCUGCUGCCAUCAGUCACGUAGCAACUGCCACAUCACUAACAUCCUCCUCUGAUGUUAUGAGCCAAUAAAUUAGGAGGCAUUAUUUUCAGAGAAGCCCUCGUAAUAACAUGGAAAAUACAACGGUUACGGUGCUGGUAAAUUCAGCUUUGUUCUUUUUGUAUUAUAGUUUCCUGUAAUCUAGCAGUGUUCUACCAUGGAGCUACUAAUGAAAAUAUGAAUUGCUUGCACAUGUCUUGCCCAGCACUGGAAAGUUGCAUAUUAAAGGCUAGAAUCAACGUUGUUUUGUACAACAUCACGACAGGGAUUGAUCCAGACCUUCUUAUUUUUGAAAGACUGAAAUACAAGGGGCCAAGUACUUAUAUCUCACAAAAUAACUAUGAAAGGCAAAACAGCACAAAGACCUCUGAGUGGGAAAGAUGCCAGAAUGGUAAUGUUACGUCAAGUUCUCUUCUACUCCAAGCCCCAUCUUCUACCAUCAGCUACAGCAUAACAGCAAACGCUUUCACCUCCAGUGCAAGUCUGACGGCUGUAAAAACAAAAGGCAGCACAUAUUCCAGGGAAUCAACUUCUCUGCUGGAUAACCAUUUGGCUAAGAGGACAAGCACAACUUCAGGAAGUACUAGACUAUUCACUAGCUCAACUUUGAUACCUAAAUCUGCAGAGGUGUUAUCCCGCAUGCCCACUCCUCCUCGUCUGAACAGCAGCAAACAACACUUAAAUGAAACCAAAGGUUACAGUGGCAGGAAUUAUACUUCAGAUAAUGAAGCUCCUGCUUGGGAAGCUGCAGCUCUGGGUGUCUGGCUGAUUCCUGUUGUUCUCUGCUCUUAUCUCAUCUUCCUUUGCUUUUGUACUAUGGCUCCUGGAGCAGGGUGCUGCAGAAGUAGGAAAGGUCAUUACCAACCCAUACAGAGAGGAAGAACAAUGUCUAGGCAAAUAAAAUACACUACCGUCCAAGGUAGCUUGUAAAAUACAGUCACCACCCUUGUUGUGGAACAAACAGCCUUUUUUAAUGAAUAAUGUUUCCUAGCCUAAUUCUUUUACAGAACAAAGAGUAAGUUUCAGAAUCAUUCAGCUAUAAUUUCAUUCUCAGCAAUUAAACAUAUUUCCACAUAUUCCUCUUUGGGUAAGAAUUGCACACUCACAGGUCUCACUACAUGUUCAAAUCUCUUUGAGAAUAUUUUGGUACAAAAUCUGACUCAGAAUAAUGCCUAACAAAAACAAUAUGCUUGCCCUGAUUUAAGAGAGCAGAUUCACUGCAGCUUACAUGACCUCUGACCUGACUUUGACCCGCCUUAGUAAAACUGAUUUAAAUUUUAUAAUAUCAUAAAAAGAUUUAAUUGUAGCAAUUAUUUAAUUGCCCCAGAUCUAGUUGUUUUCAUAAAAACUGUA